GGAUGGAGUUUGCAGAGGAGGCAGAGACAAAACCACAAAGAGAUGACUUCACCAAAUCAGAGCACUAGAUACCCAUGGGAAACUAUGGAAAAUGAAGUCAGCAGCAGCACCUCCGAACCCCAGAGUGAGGGGGAGUUAAGUGGCCAACAAGUGCAAGAAACUAAGAGACCACUACCAAGAAAAGUUGCAAGAAAAGUUGCAUCAAGGCUGGAGGACAGUGUUGUGUCCUCAUCUUGCAGCAGCAGCAGCACCAGCAGCAGUGUCCUCACACAGGAAGGGAUGGACUGCAUUCAAACUAUUGGGGAGGUGUUCAAACAGUACUUUGGGGGCACUGUGGAGGACAACCUGUCAUUGAUCCAGAAGAACAACUACAACCUCUUGGAGUGCCUAAUAGAGCUCCAGGCAGCUCCUAAACCCCCCCUCCCUACCCAGUACCCCCUCACCAGCACCACCACAAGCUCCUCCAUGGGUGGAGCUUCGGGGGAAACAUGA